AUGAGAGUUCAAUAUCUUGUUCAAGCUCUGUGCCUCCUCAAGGCAGUUGAGGCACAGAGUCCCAAAGACGAAUUCGAUGCUAUCUGCUCAUCCGAGCCCUCUCAAGACGGAGAUUUAAAAACCCUGGACAAUGGAUACAAAUUCCAAUAUGUCUGCAAGCAUACCGGAAACUCUGCCAACGCGAUCGAACCUACCUUGACUGCGGAAACGAUUGAUGAGUGUGCCGAACAUUGCGCCUCUCGGGACGACUGCAAAGGAAGCGCAUGGGUUCACAACUUCCAAUCCUGCCAGCUUUUCACCAGUGCAGAGGAUCUCCAAUCCCGCCGCACAGGAAUCUUCCUGCGUCGUGACGUGCCAGUUCCAGAUCCGGAACCUCUAAGCCCGAAAGCCCAAUUUGAAGCCGUCUGUGAUGAUCAUGAUGGAGACUUCGUGACCCUCGACAACGGGGAGAAAUUCAAGUAUGUGUGCAGACAGGCUGGUGUUGCUGCCAACUUGAUCGAGCCUGCCUUGGAGGCCGACACUAUCGAAGAGUGUGCUGCUCUAUGCGCCACUAAUGAAAAGUGUAAAGGAAGCACUUGGAUCCACUCAUUUGGCUCAUGCCAGCUGUACACCAAUGGGGACGAAUAUCAACCCCGACGUGCUGCCGUGUUCCUGCGUCGUGAGGUUCAAAGCGCUGAUUGCACCCACAUCGAGUCCGAUCUUAAGGACUGCGAGGCAUCAGAGACCGCACUCAAGGAGUCAGAGACCGCGCUCAACGAGAAAGUAGAUCUGCUACAGGAGGACAUCCGAUCAUGUCUAGAGUACAAGGAGCAACUCGAGGACACCCGGGCAGACCUUGAGGAGAAACUCGAGAAAUGCAAUGACUGCGAGAAGGAAAAGGCCGAUCUUCAACAACAGCUGAUCCAGGCGCAAAAAUGCGAAGCCGAGAAUGGCUAUAUUACCGAGUUGAACCAGCAAUUGGAGCAAUUCCACAAGGAUGCUGCCACUAGUGCUCAGCAGUUACAGCAGUGUAACAACAACGCGGCGACUGGCGCUCAGCAACUGCAGCAAUGUCGGAGCGAUGCUGUGACCAACACUCAACAGUUGCAGAAAUGCAAGACUGAUUCCACGACUACCAGUCAGCAGUUACAGCAGUGCCAGGAUGAUUCCACCAAGAGUGCUCAGCAGUUGCAGACAUGCCAAACUCAGUUACAAAAAUGCAAAACCGAUGCUGCGACUAGCGCCCAGCUUCCCCAAGUCAAGGACUGCAGAUAUGGUGGCUCUGACCAGAUUAUCAAGAUUGGGAACCGGACUUUCAAGCAGAAGUGCCCCGUGACUUUGGCCAAGAAUCGGAUGCCCCUCAGCAGAGUCGUGCGACCAGGCCUUACGAAGCCGGAGUGUCUCCUAAUCUGCGCCCUUGAUUCCACAUGCGUGAGUGUUUACUAUGUGGGUGGUACUGCCACCACUGGUGAAUGCCAACUUCAGAGUCGAAACAUUGAAUCGAUGCUGGCUAGGAGCAGCGCCGCUUACGGAGACCGUGACUGGGCUUUCGUCCCUGCGUGA